AAUAAAGUGUUGUCCUCCACCUGAACGGUAGUCGUUUCCUUUCUUUUCUGGGGAAUUCUCCGGCGGGGGAUUUUUUAGUCCCCAAAAGCUUUUGUGCCCCCAACAACUAAGAGAGAGAGAGAGAGAUUUUCUGCCUCGCGGAGAAGACUUUCUCGGCGAUCGGAUCAGACUUUCAGACGACCAACAAUGACGGAGAAGGGUUUUUCCGGCGACAAUGUUGGAUCUGUGAUGUUUGUUGACCUAUUUUGUAAUGUUUGUAGGUCUGGUUUGUAAUGUUUGUAUCGAUUCGGUUUGUAUUGUUUAUCAUUCUUGUUUGUUAUUUUUAGUGACAUUUCGUACGGUUAAUAUGCUUUGUAUUUGUCCGUUUCUUUUGUAAUGUUUGUAAGCAUUGUUAUUUUUGUGAACCAUGUUUGUCAUUUUAGUCACCCAUGUUAGUAAUGUUUUUAUGUAUAAAAAAUAACCUGGUUGACUUUUGGAUGGAACUCCUCUAUAUUAGGAUGAAGCCUCCAAAGUCAACCUGGUUGUUUUUUUUAUUUUGUAUGGUUUGUUUUUUUUCAUAAUGUUCGGCUAUGGAGAAUGUGACAUAUAUCACGUGGGUGGAGAAGAGUCAAGGGAAGUUGAAGUUGUUGGAGAAGUGUUCAUUCGCAAGAUGGAGCGAAACUGGAAACGAAGGAAGCGGAGGAUAAAGAAGGUGAAAGUUGACUGCAACCUUGAGGGCAAGGUCGCUUUUCAAGGGGAGGAGAUUGUCUCAGGUGGGAUUCCCCGAUCAGGGAAUAAGGGGCCUAGACCGGGGAAAAUCCCUGGAUGACUUCCCCGACAUCCUAUUCAAUGUAGUCAAAAUCGUGCUUUAAAACUUAAAAGCUUACGCAUUUACCUUUUUAGGUCAACAAAACGCUUCUAUGAAGAAUCAUGAUUUUCCCUUACAAAUGUAGUCAAGAUCUUCGCUUAAAAUCUUACGGUUUUACGCUUCUAGUUCAUCCAACCGCUUCUAGGUAGAACCACGCUUUUGACUGCAUUGCUCCUAUUGCAUUUCCCUGGUCGGGUAUUUGAUGGGCGGACCGGGGAUUUUAGUCUUCGAGCUCCGUCUAUCGUCCACUUGGUGCUUUUGACCCGAAACUCGCCUCCAAACAUGCACAACUGAUCCCAGACCUGAAAUACAUCAUACGAGAACAACCUAGCGUGAAAUUGGCUUAAAACACGAGAAUCGAGCCUCAAACAGUGUACGAAUGGUGGACAAAAACAUGUACAAAUAUCGAGUUAUCACCCAAUUUUCGUGGGUUUCUCUUAUUAUUUUAGUAGAAUAAUUAUUAUUAUGGUGAGUAGAGAUUUUUUCGUAUUAGGGUUAUUAUUAGGAUUUUUUUCUUAUUUUCCUUAUAAAUAUGUACUUUAGGUUAACAUCAUAAUCAAGUAAGAAAAAUAUUAAGAAAAGUAUCUAUCUCUAAUCUCUCCCAAAUCCUAUCAAAUCUCUGUCCUUCUCUCCCCCAAAGCUCACCGGCCAGUUCUUCCCAAUUAUGUUCUUCAAUCCCUAAUCCACAAUUCUUAUCUCUAAUUUUCUAAUCUCUAUCCCCAAAUUCCUAAAUCUUUAUUGUGACGAAUAAUCGCAGGUGUCGAAUAUCAGUCCCUAGAAGCCCUAGAAAGUGGGUUCCUAACAUCUUUCUUUCUAAACUCAAGUUCAUAUCCAAUCUAUGCAUGUUUUGAUGUUCAAUUUUGCUUUAAUCAAGAUUAUUGAUUUGACUAUUGACCUAGGAAAGGGAAUACCUGAUUGGGUCAAUUAGAGCACCAUAGACUAGAAGAAAGGGGGUCGAUUGUGCGAGAGUCAAUUCAUGCUUUGUAUUGAGUGUGAACCUCUCCCAACAGAGGUGAUCUAGUGUAGAAUGCCUUGAUCAGUUGUACUAGAGAAGGGUAAGCCCCUCUAGACUACCGAAUCAAGAGGGUCUUCAUUACUUUAAUCAAAAUUCAAGGUCUAGUCAAGGAUCCUUCGCAUUAUAGACGGGAGUGGAAGAAGUUAGAGACUUAUCAAUCUCAAUUCGGUUGGUGGCUAGGUGGAUUCGAACACCCAAGUGAGCCUGUAACUUGUAAUUAGAUAGAUUAACCAUAAAAUAAUUUAGUUUUUUAUUUUCAAACUUCGAUUGGCUAGACAACAAACAAAAGGCGAAGCUGAGUAAGAGUACAUCUAGAUGCCUUAAAGUUCGAUAGUUUUAUUACUUUAUUUCCACUAUACUGCACCUGGUCAUCGGUGACACUUGGUCUUUGAUCUAAAGUGUAGUUUAGGUGAGUCAAUACUCAACUACUUGCUAAAUGUGGAUGUACUCCGAUGGAAAAAUGAAUUCACUUCAGUUUCAUGAAAAAAAUUAAUUGUUCGGCAAGACUAUAUACUACGUAGUAAAAGUAAUUAUUAGGGUCAAUCGGGCAAGUUUGGGUUGGGCAACCGGAUCAUGGAUCUAUCGAGUUGCAGGUCAAUCAAAUUGCAAUUCAAUCGAGUUACAUAUCAAUCGGGUUGCGGGUCAAUCAGAUUGAGAGUCAUUAACUUUUAAUCGACUCAAAUUACGAUCGGGUUGCAAGUUGAAUUGGUUGGGCAUGUUACUCAGAUUUUGUUAUUACACCUACUUGGUCCCUUGGCAUGCCCCAUUUGCUAUCUUAAUGAAGUUAAACCCAGCAAGGUUGAGGCAGCUUGUAAUCAUGUAUUUGCACAUUUGAAUUGGCUAUAUACGAUUUGUUCUGCCUUAUGGUGUUCUAUUUUGUUUUUAUAAUUCCCGCUUGUUAUAGGCUGGAGUGCUGGCGUGACGAAAUCAAAAUUUCAAAAACUC